CAGAUCCUAAAUGCAGGUGAACUUUGCAGCCCUUCAGCCUUAAAAAAGCAUUGGAGAGAAGGAAAAGUUUCCAUUAUUUUAAUCAAACUUGUCUCUUUGAUUGUGAUCUUGCAUUUCUGGAACUCACUUUUAAGUACAGAAACUUUCUAGAAAUGAAACGCUUGCUUUUGCACUGCAGGCAGAAGCUCAGGUUCUGUGGAUGAAACCAGAGGGAUGUUCUGACUCCUCUGAUUUAUACAUGAGCUGAAACUUCUUUUUUCCUGUAACUGAGCUGCUGUGAGAGAAAGGUCAGGGUGUCGAAACAGGAAGCCUGUGUGUGUACAUGUAAAUUUGUGUGCACAGCCCCCCUUGCACACCUGUGUGCACCUUCCUGUGUGUGUUUGUGGUGUUCACCUCCCCAGCAUCUUCUCCAAAACGUGUCUAGACAAUGCAGCAACAGCAGACCCAAGGAGUCUUCUCCUGUUUCAUGUGCCACAACAAAAAACCCUGUGCUGGAGGAGAAAUUAAUUGGCUGUUACCUGGGUCAGCUUUGUUGGUUUUCUCCCUCUUCUUUUUGCUCUCCCCCACCAUGAGCACAUCUCCUCCCUCCCCACAGCUGCUUUCCUACCCUAAACAUGUUGUGCUGGGUCAAAAACUUGCUCCUGCUCCAGGGGCUUGGAAGGGCCAAGCAAAUCUGGCUCUGCUCACACCUCGGGGGGACCAAUGAGGACAUCCAGGUGUCACUGAAAGCAAAGUCUCCAACCCAGCUCCAGAUCCAUUCCCAUGGGCACGAGGGAUGCUGUAGCAGUCCCAAAACUGCUCAUCCUGCUGUGGGCUCUCUGGGGACAUCCCAACCCUCAGUCCUCUCUCCCAUCCCCUGCUGUGGGUUCCCCAGGGACAUCCCAGCCCUCACCCCUCUCUCCCACCCCUCAGGUUGCCACGACAAGGCUGUGCUGCUCUAUGAGUAUGUGGGGAAGCGGAUCGUGGACUUGCAGCACACAGAAGUGCCGGAUGCCUAUCGGGGGAGAGGAAUAGCCAAGCACCUGGCAAAGGCAGCCCUGGACUUCGUGGUGGAGGAGGACCUGAAGGCCCACCUGACGUGCUGGUACAUUCAGAAAUACGUCAAGGAGAACCCGCUGCCGCAGUACCUGGAACACUUGCAGCCUUAAGGCAGGACUGCUCCCACACCAGCACAGCUGUCCCUGACUGUUCAACGCGGCCUUCGCUUCUCUGCAGUCUCAGGAAACCUUUUCCCACACUCACAAUUCCCGUUUUUUUUAAGCGUGUCCACGCGGCGCGUGAGUGUGGGCACGACCUCCUCCUCUCUGCCCACGUGUGAGCAUGGCUACAGCCCCUGGGCCAGGCUGGCUCUGGGCACACGUGAUGCCCCCCAGUGCUUUUCCCAAGCCAGGGGAUAGAAGAGGGUGAUAUUUCCACCAAACUCCAUCGGAAGGCCAGGGGAUGACUUGUUCUGCACCUCAUCCUCUCCCCUCUGCUUGGCAACAUCUCUGAACUUGCUGGGGGAUGUUGGUUAGGGGUGGUCAUGGGGUACCAGCCCCCCUUUCCUCCUGUCAGCUGGGGAGAUGCUGUGGAUUAAGCUUUGUGGGACAGAGGGAAGUGCUGGAGGUGCCCCAGCCCUGUGUCAGGUCCAUCCCCUGUUGGGCACCAAGCUGUGUCCAAGCCCACAUACAAUCAUACAAGAACAUGUGGACCACGGUGGCACCUCGGGGGCUUUGCUGCACUGGCUGUGGAGACACUGGGAUGGACACCUUCGAGCCUAGAGACAAGACCCAUGUGAAGAGUGGACUUGGACUGCAGAGGCUGUGGCAGAGUCUGUGCAGAGGAAGAAAUGUGGCUGAGUUGCAGAUGCUUCUCCUUGGAGAUGCCAGUUUCUGUACACAACCCUAAAGUGGCAUCCCCACAGGGUCAUGGACUGUUAUUCCUGUCUCCCUGCCCUUGGUGUGGACACAGCCUGCUCAGGAGAAGAGCCCAGCCCCACAGCCAGCCCUGGCCUAAGCGAUGAGAGACAUCCCAGGGCACCAGGGUGGUUUCCUGCAGCUGAAGAGGAAGGCUCCCCUCAUUCCCCCCAUCUGCUCCAUCUCUGCAUCCCUGUCAGUGCCCCAGAUCAGCCCUGUCGUGACAUCCUGAGAGCAGCAGUGAGGCCUCCAGGACUGCUCCUGGCCCAUCUCCAGGGUUCAGUGCUAGAGGCGCCUGCGUCCAUGUGGAUUCCGAUGGUUUCUCCUUACAGCCUUUGGAAAGAAGCCCUGGCUCAUGGCAUUACCUGUCUGCUCAGUGGCCUCCUCACAGCUCCAAGCUCAAGACACUGGUGGCAUCAUGGGGACCUUGGCCAGCAACAGAAACACCCUCAUUUUGUGAGGAACACCCUCUUACCUCCGUGGAUGACAAUUCUGUAGCACAACCCAGCAUUGCCACACUCAGAUGUAAAGGUAACACCCUGAUGGCAGGGCACUGCCAGGUUCCAGCUUGCUGCCUGUCCUGCCAUGCCUGGGUUUUCCAGGGCCUGAGCUACGCCUCAGAGCAUCUCACACUGAGCUCUCAGGAUUUUGCAGUGUCCCAGGGCAGGGCUGUGGUGAGGGAGGUGUUUUCAAUACGCCCAGCCCUGAACAACACCUGGGGGCUGCAGCCAGGCAGGAGAUGGAAAGCCUCUCACCUGGAGACCAAAUCCAGACCUUGCUUAGCUCAGCAGGGACUAAAGUUUACAAUCUGUGCCACGGAAUGACUGAAACCCCAGGUGAGAGGCAGCUCAGCCCUUUCCCAGAGCCCAGCACAAAAUCCAUGGUAGCAGAGGCAAAAACUACAAUCUUCUCUCCUGGAUGGAGUGGCCAGAGAUGGAGACCCUGUGCUAGGAUUUCGGCCUGAGCUGUCCCUGGCCACCAGCUCGAGGUGAACCCUUGCUGCCUGCCUGUGCUUUUGGGCUGCCCAUCACCAGCAUGGUGCAGCCCUCUCAGGCUUCCAAACCUCCCAAACUCUAUCCCUGCCCUGCACACUGCAGGCUGUGAGACCCCUGCCCAUGCCCACCAUCUGUGCCAGGGGUCAGAGCCACCUCGGCCUUAUGUGACUCAGGAAAGGCCUUGAGCUCAGCCCUGCCUCUGCUUCAUUUCUGCUCUCCUGCUGCUUAUUUCACCCAGGCUGUGACCUUUAGGGUGGCUUCGAGGGACUGGGAAAGGGGGCAGGUAACAAACUAAAGGGACUCAAGAAGAAAUGUGGGCUGCUAAAUGUUCCUUCUUUAACAUGCAAGACACACUUCAACAAAUAGUUACAGGAGCAAGGCUGGCUCUGGUACUGCUGUGAUGACUGAACCAUCCCUUCUCUUGAUUCCAAGGUGAAGCUGAACUGUUUCCUCCCCUGGAAGCCAAGAUAACACACUUGUGUCUUUGCCACAGCGGGGCUGGGUGCUCGGGAGCGAUGUUUGAGCCCAGUGCUGUGAGCCUCUCUUCUGGUUUUGUGCUCAUUUCCACUGUGUGCAGUCUCCAGCAGCUCCCUGUUGUGUCAGCUCACUGGAGGGUGUGCUGUGCUGUCUGGGCAGUGUCCCAGUGUCCAGCCUGGCUCUGGAGCCCCUCGUGCUGCUCUGGCAGGAACCUCGUGCUUCCCGGCGCUGGAUCACCCGCAGCGAUCGCUGCCUUAAAUCAGGCACAGCACACGGUUUUGCUGCUGCUUCCCUUCGAGGUGCUACAACCCCCCCGGCGUCUGACCCGACAGAGACAUGUGCCAGUGUCUGUGCCAACCAUUUCUCUGCUGUGUCCAUGCUCUGUCCCAGCCUUCCCUCCUCCUCGAUGCCAGUGAAUAGCAAUACCUGCAGGUCACCAGCGUUGCUGCAGUCCACGGUGCUCCUGUGACCCUGCACGGCCGGGUGGAACCCGGCUUGGGGUCCCUCGGUGCUGGGUAGCCCUUCCCUGCCUCCCCACCAGCUGCCUUUUCCCAGCUGGUCUCUGCAGAAAGGAGCUUUGAGACCUGUGCUGCCCCUUGGUGCUGAUUAAGCCUGGAGGAGUUUGGGAUCUUGGACUUUUCCCCGGGCAACAGGAGUGUGGAAGUGGUUUGGUUGAAUAUUGAGCUCCCCAAACCCGUUUGAACUGCAGACCUUUGGUGGGUGGGUGAAUGCAGGUGGCUGUCAAACCUGCUUCCACAGCCCCCAACUUGAAACACCCCUCCCUUAUCCGCUCUCCAGCAUUGUCUUCCUCUGUCCAAGGUUUCCGUUCUGUUGGAUUCGGUGGUUACGAUGUGCCUUUCCUUCUCAGGACCUGUUACAAACAACCUUUCUGCUCUUGUUUAUGUUUAACAUUUAUCUUGAUCCCUCCCUCUGUCAUACUAUAAAACAUGAACAUAAUGCAUGGAAUACAAUACAAUAAAAGUGUGGCUUAACUGA